UGGUUAAGGUUGAAGGCGAAAGUUUUUGGUUAAGGUCUUCCAAGAAGAUUUUGUCAAAACGUUGAUCGUGUCAUGGCAAGGAAUAAGGAAUUUAUUGAUCUUAAAGCUACAUCAAGUAAGAAUUUGCUUAGACAAUUCGAGGCUAAGAGACAAAGGAUUGUAACUGAACGCAAGAAAUAUGAAAUGGAAGCUGCAGCUGCUAAUGACAAGGAGAAAUAUGAGCGAAGGGUGGAUGAACCAGAAAGUCAAUUGGAGAUGCGUGCAACCAAAGGGCAGAAGAAAUCCACAUCAAAGAAGCUGGAUUUUAGUCAUCUGCAAAGCACAUUCGAUUCUAUUAGCAAAAGGACUAACUCCACGCCUACCACCUUGGAAGUACAUCCAAACAUUCCAUCGUAA